UGAGGCCGAAGACAAGCAAUGGCGCCUGCGCUUGCAAAGAAGGGCAGAAGGAAUGGAAGAAGAGAGCAGAGGAAACACAGAAAGACUUACGAGGCUUCGAGGUUACAGGAUUCAGACAAUGAAGCUGAAAACCAAACUGAGGACGACCAAGAAUUGAAUCAUUCGGAUGACCAUGCAGAAGACCUAUCAAGCGAAGAAGACGAUCUGCCUACGCAAAAACAAAAUGCUUAUGCUACACUGUUGCAGUCCUUCGGAAAGGUCGCGCAGGACGAUGAGCCAAGGCGAAAGCGAAGGAAGUUGACUACCGGCAUUGAAAAAUCCGGCAGAAGUACACUGGAUAAUCACGCCCCUGGCAGUUUAGUUGACUCUGCAGUCGACCAGACUCUGGCUGAGGAUCUUCAAGAUGCAGUCGUUGACGAGCAUGAGGAGGAAAGCGCAGACGAGGACGAAGACGCAUCUGAUGCAUUCGAUAUUCAUUUUGCGAAUCCGGACCAGGAUGAGUUAUCUAAAAGGAUCAACGAAAUUUCUUCACAGCAGUGGCAUUCAAACAGCCUCAAUCUCAAUGCAGGCAAUACAUGGAGAGUGUCUACGCCAGGCCCGGCAACUGCGGACAAGGCUAACGCUGUUACCUUACAAUUCCCCCACCUAUCGUCAUUCAAGAUCAAGCGGAAACUAAACUCUCAAGCAUCUGAUAUCUUCAAAGAGCUCUCUGGCCCAGAGCAAUCCUUUGCAUCCUCACUGCUCAAGUACAACGACACAUUGUUUCCAGCUCGUGCUGUUCCCAACUCAACCACCUUGCGAAAUGUGACGUGUCUUCACGCAUUGAAUCAUAUAUUCAAGACUCGUGAUCGCAUACUCAAAAACAACUCUCGGCUCGCCAAAGAUGAUACUCUUGAGUAUCGAGACCAAGGAUUCACAAGACCAAAGGUGCUGAUUCUUCUUCCUACACGGCAGUCUUGCGUGAGAUACGUUGAAUCUAUCGUCAAAAUAUGCCAACCUGAACAACAAGAAAAUAAAAAGCGGUUCGAAGACUUGUAUGUGGCAGAUCUUGACUUAGGAAUGGAGCGACCAGAUGAUUACAAAGAACUCUUCGAGGGAAACGACGAUGACAUGUUCAGGAUUGGUAUUAAGUUUACGAGGAAAACCGUGAAGUUUUUUACUCAAUUUUACAACUCCGAUCUCAUCCUUGCUUCGCCGCUUGGUCUCCGACAAGCCAUUUCGGGUAGGAAAGCAGAUUCAGAUUUCCUGUCCAGCAUUGAGAUCGUCAUCUUGGAUCAAGCCGAUGCGUUGCUCAUGCAAAACUGGGACCAUGUCAUCCACUGUCUUGAUCAUCUGAAUCAACAACCCAAAGAAGCACAUGGUUGCGACUUCAGUCGAGUCCGGUCUUGGUAUUUAGACGGACACGCGAAAUACCUUCGGCAAACAAUACUACUAGCGUCCUAUCUGGCGCCGCAGCACCUCGCUCUUUUCGCUUCACAAGCAUAUAACAUAUCCGGGAAGGCUGUCUACCAACCAGAAUAUACCGGUGCAAUCCUUAGGCCCCAAGCUCUCGGUACCAGACAAACAUUUCUUCGUUUUCUCUCCCCGAACCUAACUGAUGAUCCUACUGCCCGAUUCAAACACUUCACUUCCACUAUCCUCUCAAACGUCAUAAAGAUGCCCCGAAACCCAGACGGAAGCGGCCUUGGUCUCUUAAUUUACAUACCUGACUCAUUUGACUUCCCAAGACUACGCAAUCAUUUUUCUUUCCAUCCGUCUUGCACUAAUAUAAGUUUCGGCACUGUUGAUGAAAAUCAUUCUCCCGCUUCAAGAGAGCUCCGCAGAGCAAGGAGUCAUUUUGCGUCAGGAAGGCAUUCAGUUUUGCUGUACACAGAGCGGGCGCACCAUUUCUUUAGAUAUAAGAUAAAGGGUGUGAAAAAGGUUGUGUUUUACGGUGUGCCUACCAAUCCGAUAUUUUAUGAAGAGGUGACCGCACUCUUAGAGCAGGAAGGAAAGAACGGAGACGUGAGAUGCUUGUUCUCUAAGUGGGAAAGGGCAGCGCUUGAAAGAGUCGUGGGAAGUGAAAGAGUGGGGAAAAUGGUUAAGGAGAAGGGUGGAGACAUAUUCGAGUUCCUGUGAUAUGCUACCUUUUAGAUAGCUGUGCAUGGUUUCCCAUCUUAUGCGUUCUAGACAGCUUGUCUUGAACACCAUACCCAGACUCUCCAUCAAUGUUUUCUUGUGGGUUUGGAGAAGGAAUACGCUGAUAUCGCACACUGUACUAUGGAGAAUGCGUGGCGUGUCCACCCUGUUCCUUCAGAUUAUGGCUUCUGUGGCUUUUUUCAAUAUCUUGUGAGACGUUGCUAAAAUUCCCUUCUGCAGACUUGAUUACUCAUGUUUGUUUUUUAUCUUUAGCGUUGGUCUAUUUGAUUUGCCUGACAACAAGAUAUAUGCACAGGAAGCUCGACAGGCGGAGUUGUAGCUAGUCCAAAAAAUAAAGUGAUGAAAAGUUGAA